AUGAGUCGAGCGAAACUCGAUGAGUCACGUACAUCGGUAGCUGAAGCCCAAAACUAUUGGGGAUUCGCUAAUUUUCCUAACCAAGUAUUUCGCAGAGCAAUUAAAGAUGGAUUCAAUUUUACGCUGAUGGUAGUUGGUCGCAGCGGACUUGGAAAAUCUACCUUCAUUAACACUUUAUUUAUGGCCGAAAUCCAUGAUCUGAAGGAAGCCCCAGCAUCUACUGGAUCCACGGUCCGAAUUGAGGAGAAACAUGUAAAACUUGUAGAGAAUACUGUAAAACUCAAUUUGACCUUGGUAGACACUCCUGGUUUUGGCGAUGCUGUCAAUAACACUCGAUGGUGUGUGCUAACUAACUUUUUAAUAUUCUUUAGUCCUUCAUUUCUUCUUUUUUUUUAAUG